GUUUUGUUACAAAGCAUGACGACUUAACCUUGUAACUUUGGUUUGCCAAAUCAAUUAUAUAAUGUAAGGAAAUGCUGACGAAUUUUUCUAAACAAUGUCGUAAAAAUGAUAAAACAAAAAUACUGAUAUCAUAACUACGUAACCGCACAAAAAAAUGUGCAUUUCUAAUGAAAUAAAUUGAAUCGAAACAGAUUGAGGUUAUACAGAAUUCAUGAAUAUCGUUUACAACGAAUAGAAAACACAAAUAAUGAUAACAGUGCGGUGGUGUCAUCACUUAUUUCGGUCUGGCAAAUGUUUAAUCUCUAACAUUCAAUCUAGUCAAAGCAAAUGUGUUAUUAAUUACUUAUAUCCUUGUAAUGCAAUUCAUGUAUCAUCUUUCGCGCACGAAAAACAACAUGCCGAAAAUUACAAAAUAUCAAAGCAAGAUGUACUAAAACCUGCUAAAUCUACAUUAAAUGACAAAGAUGGAACAACGCAAUUUAAUACAACAAAUGUGUGGUCACAACAAAAAAAUGCAACAUUUGCCGCAAAAAUAGUUAAUAAUGCUCCACCCAAAGUUCAACCGUAUUUGAAACUAAUAAGAAUGGAUAAACCCAUAGGAUCUUGGCUAUUAUUUUGGCCAUGCGGCUGGAGUAUAGCCAUGGCAGCAUCACCAGGUGCACUACCAGAUUUACAACUGCUAGCUCUUUUUGGAGCAGGUGCAUUUAUUAUGCGUGGUGCAGGAUGUAUCAUAAAUGAUAUGUGGGAUCAAGACAUUGAUGGAAUGGUAACCAGAACAAAAGAUAGACCAUUGGUUACUGGAGAAAUUUCACCUCUACAAUCAUUGAUUUUUCUUGGAAGCCAAUUAACUUUGGGAUUACUCAUAUUAUUACAACUCAAUUUAUAUAGUAUUAUAUUGGGUGCAAGUUCAAUAGUAUUAGUAAUAUUAUACCCUGUCAUGAAAAGAGUAACGUAUUGGCCACAAUUAAUACUUGGAAUGACUUUUAAUUGGGGUGCUCUUUUGGGCUGGUCUGCUGUGCAAGGGUCAUGUGAUUGGUGUAUAUGUUUACCGCUUUAUAUUUCUGGAAUUUGUUGGACACUUUUAUAUGACACUAUAUACGCACACCAGGACAAAAUGGAUGAUCUCAUAGUAGGCAUAAAGUCAACAGCCUUAAAGUUUGGCAGUAAGACAAAAACUUACCUAUGUGGAUUUAGCAGCGUUAUGAUAGCAGGUUUAAUUAUGUCAGGAGCAUUAGUUUCUCAAACUUGGCCGUAUUAUACUGCUGUAGGAAUAGUUGGUACUCAUCUUGCCAAUCAGAUUUAUAAUUUAAAUAUUGAUAAUCCUGCAGACUGUUCAAAAAAAUUCAUCUCCAAUCAUAGAAUAGGAAUAAUUCUGUUUGCAGGAAUAGUUUUAGGAAAUAUCAUAAAAGAUUCUAAGCAUAAGAAAGAUGCUGUUGUUGUACAGAAAUUACAAAAACAAUCUACUUUGACUGUAUAGAAAUAACAUUAAUUGCAUUAUUUUAGCGAAUAUAUGUAUGUACAUAUGCGCGUGCACCAC